CGCGAUGACGUCACCGCCGCGAGGGAAGUGACGUCACCCACAAUACCGGAAGUGAGCGUGUUGACAAGGAGCUUGCAAUGGCCGGGCCGAGACGUUGACGCCGACUCCGCCGCCGCUGCCACUCGCGACCGAGACUCCUGGAGAAGCUGGGACACCCCGAGACCCCGAGAGAGAGAGACGCCGCGAGCCCAGGGCCAAUGUUAGAGUUGGAGGUGGUGCCCGAGCGCUCCGUGGGGAACGAGAGAUGGGAGUUCACGUUGGGAAUGCCAUUUGCCCAGGCCGUGGCCAUCCUCCAGAAGCAGUGCCACCUCAUCAAGAACGUGCAGGUCUGGUACAGUGACCAGAGUCCUGUGAGCAGUGACCUGGUGCUGACCCUCACUCAGGAUGGGAUCAAGCUGCUGUUUGACCCAUACAGUCAACGACUGAAGAUAAUUGAAGUUUACAAUUUAAGCAAGGUGAAGCUUAAAUACUGUGGAGUGCACUUUAAUUCCCCGACCAUCCCUCCGACCAUCGAGCAAAUUGACCAGUCGUUUGGAGCGACACACCCUGGCGUGUACAACUCGGCCGAGCAGCUGUUCCACCUCAACUUCCGCGGCCUCUCCUUCUCCUUCCAGCUCGACACGGGCUACGAGGCGCCAAAGUUUGCGCCUCACUACGCGCAUGGCCUCGCGUCCUUGCAGAUCCCCAAUGGGGCCACGGUGGAGAAGAUGUACAUUUACACAGGGAACUCGCUACAGGACACCAGGGCCCCCCUAAUGCCGCUCAGCUGCUUCGGUGGAAACGUGUACGCGGAGAGUGUGGAUGUGCUCAGGGACAGCUCAGGGCCCACAGGUCUACGCUUCAAACUGCAGACUACAGGAUGCGGCCCGGUCAUGCGAGCCGAGACCAAGCUGCAGGCGUUCGACCGCUGCGUGCGCUUCGGCGAUCAUUGCCAGGAAGUGUCCUCCGCCCUGGGCUGCCCCCACAAGGUCUUCUACAAAUCGGAGGACAAGAUGAAAAUUCAUUCGGCGUCUCCACACAAGCAGGUGCCCUCCAAGUGCAACGACUACUUCUACAAUUACUUCACUCUGGGAGUGGACAUUCUAUUCGACGCGGCAUCUCAUCAGGUGAAGAAAUUUGUGCUGCACACAAACUACCCGGGACACUACAACUUCAAUAUAUACCACCGAUGCGACUUCCGGAUUCCCAUCUCUUCUCGAUUCGACUCGAGCGACCUGCAGAAGGAGCCGUUCGUCAUCACCGCUUACACCAAGUGGGACUCGGUGCAGGAGGUGCUCCCCCAUCCCAUGGAGCAUCCCGUGGUGCUCAACAGGUCGUCGUCUGCUAACAACACGAACCCAUUUGGCUCCACCUUCUGCUAUGGCUUCCAAAGGAUGAUAUUUGAGGUGAUGGCGAACGGACACAUUGCGUCGGUGACGCUCUACUGGCCCCGGGCGGUGGGCGGCGUCCGUCACAACGACGCAUGAGCCCACAGACUGACGCCGGCAGCAACAGCAGCUCCGCUCCCGAUCCGAUUCGCACUACGAGCCACCCUGGGUUUUUGUUUCACAAGGGGGAAACCCCCGUGUCAAGAGUCAUGUCAGGUUCGGGUUUAAAAAUACCCCACAAAUGCUGGCGACGCAUGCGAGCAGCGCGCAGGCGUGUCUGCGGGAGGGGGUUUUUUUUUGCCGUCAGUUUCAGGUGGUGUCUGUGUCGGGAGGCCGAGGUCUGUGCCGGGAAGCACUGAAGCCAGCGCCGACGCAAGGUCUACAUUUCAGGCUUCCCCCACCUACAGGAAGUUUCACCGGACUCUCCGGCAUGGAGAGGGCGCUGUAGAGUCUCGGCCAAGCAAGCAGCGAAUGAACAAUAAGAAACUAUUAAUUCGGAUUUGUACCUCCUUGUUUGGCUUUUUCCCAGAUCCCUGAGGGUCUAUUUUAGCGGACGCAGGCACCGGUUAAACCCGGUCACUUUUGACUGCACAGCGCUCACCCAGCACGGUCUAGAGAAUGGCUUAAGGGUUACUGGAGGAAGAUCCCUCGCCUCAUUUUCGGGGUUGUUCCCAAACGUUUGCACGUGGCUCUGUGUGUGUGUGUGGACAGAGAUCCAGAACAGGUUCACAAAGCCCAGAUUGUAAAAAAAUAAUAAUAAUAAUAAAAAAAAGCCUUGAGCAGAACCAAAACGUGGUUCUUCUGGAGCUGGGGGAAUGUGUUGGCUGACAGUCCCCGGUGAAGUGAGCCACGCAUUUUACCACUGCGAAUUCCCCUAUGGUUCCCCAUUCCCAGCCUCCACUUUAAAACUAAAAACCCGCCCAGGCUGGACGGAGCAUCAGUCGUCCGCAGGUUGUCGCUGGUUGAGCAGACGACGCAGCUACCCGGCGCACGCCACCGGAUUACCCUCGUAGAGACUCGUGGUGCCGUCCCCCUGCAUUCGUUUUAACGGCCAAAUCAAAUUCCACUUGACGAUGCUGAAUGAGCCAAGCCCCUGGAGGAGGUUCGUUUUUUUUUCCUUCCCGAUUCCUUUUGUGGGGGAAAAUCAUUGGAGUUUGUGGAGUGAGGAGUGGGGGGAGAAGGGGCCCGUUCAUUCCCUGCACUAAAGUGGAAUUUGGUUUCCGGCCGAAAUCGCACAACUGCAAGUGGCGUGUGUUCCCCAAUCCAUUCCCCCCCCCCCCACCCGACGACACGACUCUCCGCUGGCCAAAAAAACCGAAGCAUCCUCUGCGCACUCUCCGUCUUGCCAAGUCCGUCAAUGAAAAUCAACUCUUGGACCGCCGAACAUUUCACCGGGGAGUGAUGGCAGCUCGUCACGAGCGAGGAGUUCGGCAGACAGUCCCCUGCCGGGGCACGGUCCUUCCCCCUCCUCCUCCUCCUCCUCCCCCGACCAGCACGCAAAUGGAAUCUCUAAACGAGCCCGCACAACUGGUCCGUGAUCCGCGCAGUCAAGUGUUGUCGUAACCUAGGGCCCUACCUCCUCAAGCGUCCACGACAGUGGGCGGCUCGGGCGGCUCGGGCGGCUCACGUCGAUGGCAGGUGUCGUCCGGGAGCACUGAGCCAGCGUCGCUCGUGCCCAGGGCUCAUACCCUGGGCUCCCAUUCGCAAACCAGCUUUGCGAGCGGCGUGCACUGCACAAGACACCCUCCAUUUUUCUUUUUGCACUUAAUUUGGUCUUGCCCACCCGUGGGGGGCAGGGGGCGGCGGGGGGGGGACGUAGCUCGUGACAGACAGGCGCAGAGUAGUGACCACUUGUGUCCCACCGCGCAGCUAAAGAGCACAGCUUAGAGCACAGCUUAGAGCAGGGGGGGGGGGGUCGGCAAACCUGCAGCUCCAGAGCCGCACGUGGCUCUUUACGGACUGCUCCGCGAUGUAACGCAUGUCUGUAUGUCUUCACAAUGUGUUGUGGCCCGUGAAAUAUCGAGGUUUUUUUUACCGAAUUUGAAAAGAAAUUACUCUUUGUUAUUUUGGUUGCCGGACCCCCUGGUUUUAGAGGUGGUGGUUUAAGAGUCGUUCCGGGAACGUUGUUGCGCCAAGGGCCUACGGACGCGUCUCUUGGGGUCUCGUGUCCUUCGGGAGUUUCCGUGCCGUAAAAAAAAAAAAACCGCUUUGCCCUCUUGCGCGCGUCCAGAUGCUCUGCCCGCGGUUUGGACGCGGCCGGCAAGGUAACGCAAUAACGUGCGCGCACUCAUUAAUCGUUUCUUGACCCUGCGAAGAGAAGAUGAGAGAGAGAGAGAAACGAUGCUUUAACAUCCCUGUCAACCCCCUACGGUUUACCCCGCAUUCUUCUACAGGGAACUUGAGUUUUCAGGUCCAUACGGCGUACAGCCGUUUCAAUGCGGGCAAAGAAAAACAUUUCUAUUUGUGUUUCUCCCUUGUGAUGGGACUUUGUAGGAUGAACGUUGAGAUUUAUAAGGGGCACGGGGUGACCAAUGAGGUCUGAAUUGGUCUGUAAUAAGGUAGGGCACUGAUAAGGGGUUGACAGGCAUGUAUUACUAAGUUGCUUUUAUCAUUGGGCGUUUGCAGUUUGAACCAUCGGCGGUCAUGGCUGAUGCCUUGGACGUCUCGCUCACGAUGAUGCCGCUGACCAGCUCUCGUUUGCGCGUUUGUCCUUCGAGCCCGUCUCUCUCCCCCCGUUGCGCCCAACCCAUUCCGAUGUUUUAUACAAUUUCAACUGUUGUCAUUUUCAAGAAUACGUAUUUUUUUUUAACUGGAAAAGGAGCAGUGGGUCACAAACGUUACAAUAACAAGAAAGGGUCUGCCAAGGAGCAAAGUGAGUGGUAAAUAGCACUGUGCCUGCCUGAUGUUAUAGGGGAGGUACAGCAAGUAGGUAUGUAAUAAGCAGGUAUCAAUGAAACCCUACAGUAGUUCGGUUGAAUGGUCUUAACUCGGGGCACGAUUCAAGAAUUUAAUAUUGUUUUUUUUGUAUUGUCACGUAGGUAUUACGUCUCAUUCUGUACAGUUUUUGUGUUGCUCCAUUGGCCCUGACCUUUACAGCAUAUCACUGCUUUUAAUUUGCAUACAUUCUAAACGAUCAGCUCUCGCACGCGUGGCACGGUGAGCGUUAAGGAUGGAUCGCGAUCGACGAAGCCGUUGCUGAGGUUACACCCGCCUAGCUUUUGCACGAGUCCACCACAACCACCACUCGUGCGCAGAAAUACUCUGAACGCGGAGAGAGGGGCAGAGGGGAGGCUGCAGUUAAACAUGAGAUGCGGGAUAUUGCCGUUAAAAGUCCCCCGGGGAAUUCGGUGAGGACCCCCUCCCGGUUAACGACGUCCGAUGUAUUCCUCGAGUUAACGCUGAACUACGCGCACACGCGCACACGCACGCCUCCAAGCGAACGCACGCACACGGAUGAACCGUACGGCCGUCGUGGGUUUUUUUUACCAACCCCCCCCCCCCCCCCCGUAUAGCCAAAGUCCACUAACGCCGUUACGUGGAACGGCGACCACCGACGGAUUACGUUUUUGACGCUUUUGGGGGGGGGGGGUGGUUUUGCAUGGCCGGUGCCGCGAGGGGACGAAUGCCACUGGGGGGUGGGGGGGGGGACGAGCUUAGGGAGUGGACGGGUCAGCGAUGUAAGGCGCUUCUGAGUUGCUGAGGGUGGCGCCAUCAUGCUGUUCUUCCAUUCGGGAACACUUUUCGCACAACGCGAAAAUGUGCGUCCCCUGCCCCCCCCGUUAUAACGCGAGACAAGCGCCCCGUCAUCACGCGGUUUCUGCGCGGUCGACGCCGAAUGACUUUCUUGAGCCGCGCGGCCGAGUGCUACGGAACGCAGAAUGAAACGGCAACGCAGUGGCGGCGUGUACCCUCCGUUGUUUGUCCCGCCACCUCGCCGCGCGGUGGGGCAUAGUCGUCGUAGCAUCGUAUCGCACCAAACUUUAUCGUCGCAUUAUUUAUGGGGGAAAUUGUUUUCGCUUGGCGUGGCACAUUUCAGGAACGCAUCUACUACUGCCGCGUUAAACGAGGACUUGAUGUACAUACAAACCCUCGCUUGCUACUGCUGCUGCUGCUGGGGUACACUGACGAUGAAAGGGCGCCGCUAAUUAGAAAAUAAUUACCACAGGUAGCACUAACGAGGUUUGUCAAACGGCUGCCAUGUGCUUCAAGUCACCAGGGCAGCUCAGAGCAAAUCUCUUGCCAGGUUACAAUCGGAGCUGAAUUUUAAGCGCCCCCUCCCCUCCCCCCGCUGUCGUUGUUUUGAAUCCCAAGUGUUGGCCCCAUAGGUCCUAGCUGCGCGUCCAUAAAUACUUCACUCUCCAGCUUUCCAUCACGGUGCACAGUUCUGGCGGUUUUUCUUCUUCACCGUCCUCUUAGCGUACGCCUCCGUUGGUUGUUCUUGAUGUUCACGGGUUCACGCGAUGGUCUUCUCUCUCAAGCGCCGUGGUUCACAAAGCUGACCUUCGUAACUACCGCAUCGAUCACCCAAGUGUCACAACGUGUCGUAUGCACACAGUACGCUGAAACCUAGGAGUACCACUAGAGUUCAUUUUAACGGGUCAGCUUUCACGUUUGAAAUGACGCAGUGCAAUAUUGAUCGUCGAGUCAACUGCCGUGCCUCUCGACCAGCGUUCUUCACUAAUUUUCACAGGGAGGGGCGGCGGCGGUGGCGGCGGCUUUCGCCGAUAAUAAAACAUCAGUGUGAGGGCCGCCACACAUUUGAAACCAUUGGAUUUGUGACGGCACGAGGGAGUGUUUUCACAUUUGCUUAUUGCCGGGGGCCUGCAAAUCAGGGGCCGCACUAAAGGGCCAUCCAGGAGCCCACGGUGGCCUUGCAGUAAAGAACACUGCGCUAGACCGGUCACUGGGUUGCAUGGCACGUGACAUUCCACCUGCCCUUCAGCAUCUGUGCAGGUUUGGUCCACCGGAGGUCGUGUCAACCCAAGAUCCCGCGUUCGACCUAGGGUCCGGGUGGCCUCACCCGUGGGCGGUUGGGUUGGUCGCUUGUGCGGUGAUACGCGUGUAGUCGAGGUCGGUCAGAGUUUGCGUGUUGCGCACGCGAGACAUUUUCACGAGUUGGUGCCUGCGAUGGGGGUAGUAGUUGCGGCAAGUAGGUUUUUGGCUGGCUGUUUUGUUUGCGAUAGCCGAGUUUGAGUGGUACUCUCCGGUGGGGGGGGGGGGGGGGCGGAUUUUUUUUUGCUUUGUUUCGUGCGAAGAAUAAAUCAAAAAGGACUUGGUUCUUGACAUUUACCAGCAGGGCCCUCUGCAAAGAGGCGUGAAGACUCAGCCGAGGCUUUGCUCGGUCGAGCUUUAUUCGUAAUAGUAUUCUUAUUAGUAAGUGUUAGUGCGAUGUUUUAAGUGAAUUUCAGUUGAAAUAUACUGACUGCGAAACCCAUCCCGAUUUUGCGCUUGGGCACGUAGGUCUCUGUAACCGCCAGGGGGGGACGCUGGGUUAUCGUGCGGCUUCAUGCCCCAGUGUCCUGGUGGCAUCUGCCAACGUCCCGUCACUCGCCGCCACUGGCGCUCCUGUUGCUUUGCUGUCAUUCGGGUCUCCUUCACUGGGCCAUGUCGGCCGUCCGCGUGGCCCAUGCCUCGGCGUGUUUAGUCGCCAGGCUCAAGAAAGUCCGCCUUCGCGUGAAUGUGCCUCGAAAUGCCCACAACGUCGGCGCAUGGGUUGUGGCUACGCACGGCGCGAAAUGCAGUUCAACGUAAGACGCGUGCGUGCGUGCGUACACGUGCGUAGGCUCGGCAGAGACGGGAUCCAUUCUAGUCGCGGUUAAACUCGCAAGAAGGACCUGGUUUCAAUUCCUCACUCGGGGUGUGGGGUAUGGGGGAGGCGCCUUUCUCCGUUCUGAAUGGGGUUCAUCCGAGUCCUCUGGUUUCCUUUCGUAGCUAAGAACAACAAAAGUCUAAUGUAAAUGGUAUCGGCCAAUCAAAUUACUCAAUUGGUGAUCGCACAGAGGCGCACAACAACGUCACCCCUCCCGCAAACAUUUGGCAGGACCCUCUUGCAAAAGAGUCCUGAGCCUCUCGUGGGUAAACACGUUUAAUCGGAUAAUCAUUCUUGAUUUGAAGCUUUCGUGACUGCAGGAAUCCAUAGUUUGGUUCGUUCGGUAAACUCCACGUCGGUAUAAAAUUUAAAUGAAUCGCGACGUUUCGGGCGCAACACAAGCGUCCGUCAUCAGGUGGGAAAGCAUAGUCUGCUGCUAAGGCAGACUUUUAAAAAAAGGAUAAUUCUCGCGAGAGUGUCUGUCCAAGGUGAGGGUUUGGUGAGGGUUUGUUUUGUUCGGCGCCACGUCAAAAGCUUCCAUUUAAGCUUCAUCAUUCAAAGCCGAUUCUUGUGUUAGCGGAACCUUGAGCAGAACUUUUCUCGUGACAUUGCACACUCUCGCCGGUGGCUCCCUCGCACCUGAGUUUGACCCCCCCCCCAUAUGUGAAAUGGUCACACAUUAGUGGGGUUUUGACCACGUUCACUGGGUGACUGCAUGCCAGGGUUUUUUUUUUCAUAAGGUCUUAGUGUAAAUUCAACACGGUUUAAGACUUUUCUUUUUUCUUUCUCUCGUCAGCGUUACAAAGCACAAAAUUUUCCACGAGACUUUGCUUCCAAUAUUGGUCGAGGGCAUUUCCCGUGUAUUGUUACAGGGCCCUCGUGGCGACGUGCCCAUGUACAAUAUUGGCCGCCCCCCCCCCCCCCCCCCGCAAACCGCGGGAUUUGUAAUGUGUCAGCUUCUUACGUCGCAAGUGUCUAGAGUGCAUUUUAAUUUGUUUCCGCUUUUCACUGAAGUAUGACGAUUGUGACAGUGUUGUCGAAGCUGUGGUUGUCAUGCCUUAGAGCAGAGCCUGUGGUUUAAUAAAAGACUUGAGUGACCAGGCACCAGUAGCGGUUUGAUCCGUGCCAUUUACACUUUUAUGAACAUGAGAAGCGUCGUGGAUGUAUCCAUCGAGGUGUUAAUUGUACAUGCGUACGCCUGUUUUCCUGUGGAAAGACCGGUUCCCGUCAUGAGAAAUGUGGAAUUUCCACCACUUGCUCACACCCAUCGUCAAGUUGAGAUGAGCAGCCCGUGUUGUUUUGCGUGCAUCGGAGCAGAGUGCUGGCUCCCAGGAACUUUGGUCUCGUCGCGUUCGAGAAUGGGCAUGGAUUCACCUCGCGCGAUUCCGUGAAUUUUGUCACGAUUCAAGGUCACAGUGUGAUUCAAAAUAAUCAUCUUUUUUUUAAAAUCUC